ACGCUGAGACCUGAGGAAUAUAGAGAAACCUGUGUUGGCGCCGCCUCCUCCUCCUCCUAAACCUCUGAGGAUUAAACACCAAGCAAAAACCUCCCUACAGAACAAAACAUGGCGGACACCAACAGGAAGAAAGCCAACAGAAGUAAAGGAGCUAAAGAGAAGAGAUGGAAAAAAGGUCCCCAUUUACCUAACUCCUUGAAAAAGGAACUCCAUUCCUUAAACCCUACACACGACCAACCGAUCCAAUCCGAUGACGACAUUGACGUCUAUGAGUACGAAGAAACAAUCCCAGACGAAGACUCCAAGAAGAACCGCAGGUACGACCCCGUUGAUAACUUCGAAUACCAACUCCCCAAGGAUUUUGAGGAUGAAGAUGUGGCAUCUGAUGAUGAGGAGGAGGAGGAAGAAGAAGAAGAAGAGGGGCCCCAGAAGGGAGAUAGUGAUGAGGAUGAUGAUGGGAAGCAUGUACGGAUGUUACAAGGUAUCACUGGACUGCCUGGCGAUGCUUUUGAAGGCAAGAAGAAGAAGAAAAAUGAUGUUGUAAUUUUUGAGGCAUAUCCAGAGUCUGAAUAUAAUCCGAGCCGUGAUGUCUUGGAUGGUGAUGGGCGCAUUACUGUUGAUGAUCUUUUGAAUCCCCUUCAUGGGAAACCAGGAUUCAGCAAAMUUAGAAAAGAUGUGCAACGGAUGGAUAGAAAGUCCGUUUCCAUACAGCCUCCUCUUCCAAAACCACAACAAGAGAAAGUGGACCGGAGGAGUACUUUUGUUUAUUCAAAGAAGAAACUUAGUGAAUACGAAGCAUUAGUAAAGAAAAAUAGAGAAGCGCCUACCAUUUACUUUGAUGAAGAUAUAGAUGUUGGUUAUUCCACUGUAGGGGCAAUAGCUUCUGAAUUUAGGCCCAGGACUGAAUUUGAGAAGAAAAUGGAUUCUUUAAUAAAUGCUAAAGAACUUUCAGAAGCUCAUAAGGGAGAUGGUGCAAGGCUUUUGGAACUGAAUAAGAUAUCURUAGAAGAUGUGAAGGAACGGCAGGACCGUCUUGCAAAAAUGCGUAAUCUUCUAUUUCGACAUGAACUAAAGUCGAAAAGGAUUAAACAUAUAAAGUCCAAAACAUAUCGCCGUUUGUUGAAGAAAGAUAAAUCAAAAGCGGCAGCCACUGAGAUUGAAAUGAAUCCUGAAGCUGCUAAAGAACUUGCAGAGAAGCAGGAAUUUAAGAGGGCUGAGGAACGCCUGACUCUAAAGCACAAGAAUACUUCUAAAUGGGCUAAGCGCAUCAAGAAACGUGGUUUUGAUGUCCAAGACGAUGGAACACGAGCUGCUAUAUCAGAACARCUUCAGCAACAUGCUCUUUUAACUCGAAAAAGAGAUUCCAUGCAUGAUAACAGUAGUAGUAGUAGUGAUGACAGCACGGAGGAGGAGGAUGACGACAUCUCAGGAGAUGAGGACGAUGCAUCCAAAUUAAAAUUGUUAGAUAUUGGGAAGAAGAGGACACUUGAAGUGUUAGAUGAAGACGAUGAAAUGCCUAAAUCAGGAGUCCUUUCCUUACCUUUCAUGGUUCGGGGGCAGAAGAAGAAAAAGGAGGCAGCAGAUGAAGAAGCUAGGCUUGCUCUACAAGAUUUUGAUUCAUCAUUGAAGCAGUUGGAGGGUGAUGAUGAUGAUGUCAAAGGCAAUGUAGGUUUCUUGAGUGGUAGAAAGGUAUUUGGUGCUCAAAAGAAACAGGUUCCAAAGUCCAAGGCUAAGGUUAACAACACAGAUAAUUACUUUGACAAUACGGACAGUGAAGAUGAUGCUGACAUCAUAGAAGAUGUUAAUGAUAAACAUGGCAGAAUGAAUUAUACACAGAAAGAUGUCAAUAUCGACCCUAAUAUUCUUCGAGAGGAGUCAGAGAUUGAGCAUGAUUCAUUGUUUAAGAACUUCGAUUAUAUUAGCAAAGAUUCAGGGCCCAAGAUUACAUAUGAAGUUUCCCUCUCUGCAACCAACUCCACGAAAAAGAAGAGGAAUAUGAAAGAUUCUAAUCAGGCCAAAAGUGAGAAAAAAGCAAAAAUCAAGAAGUCACAAGUUGCAGAAUUGGCCUCUGACAAAGAUACAGCCAUAGAGCAUGGAGAGGAUGAUAUCGAUUCAGAUGGUGAAACUCGAAUGGUAGAUGGAAUUAUAACAUCUGGGACAGAUUAUGAAUUGCCAUCACAAGAUGAUCUAAUAAGACGUGCUUUUGCGGGUGAUGAUGUGGAGGAUGAUUUUGAGAYGAGUAAGCAGGAGAUUAUGAAUGAGGAAAACCCAGAACCUGAAAAGCCUGUUGUACUUCCUGGGUGGGGGCARUGGACCCAUAUACAGAAAAAAAGAGGGUUGCCAUCUUGGAUGUUGGGAGAACAUGAAAGAGCCAAAAAGAAGAGGGAYGAGGAUCUUAAAAAAAGACCAGAUGCACAUCUUAAGCAUGUGAUUAUAUCAGAAAAGGUUGAUAAAAAGGCUGAAAAAUUGCAGACAAGGACGUUACCGUAUCCAUUCAAGGAUAAGGAGCACUUUGAACGUAGCAACCGUAUGCCUCUUGGUCCAGAAUUCAACCCUGCAACAACUAUCGGGGCACUUAAUCGACCUGAAGUGGUGAAGAAACCUGGUGUGAGGAUAAAACCAAUCAAGUUAAGGAAGUAAAAGGAAGCAAAUGAGCAGUGUUGGAAGUCAAACACAUUGACCCACCGGGAACAGGAAAUGCUACAUAUUCUUUUUGGGAUUUAAAAAGGGAAAGUUAUUAUGUUAAAAGAAAGAGUUUGAUUCCAUGUUCUUUGUACUUGACCAAAAUCAACAUUAUAAAUUAAGUAAUCAUCACCUGUCUUUUUGAA